AUGGCGGACGAAGGACAACAAACUGAAGAGAAAAGCAAGAAGAACAAAUGGAGGCGUGAUAAACCAUGGGAUCAUGAAGGAAUUGAUCAUUGGAAGAUUGACAAGUUUAACCAAGAGCACAACCCACAUGGCCUUGUAGAGGAGAGUUCUUUUGCUACUCUCUUUCCAAAAUAUAGAGAAAAGUAUCUUAAGGAAGUGUGGCCGGCAGUUGAAAAACUCUUAAAAGAGCAUCAUCUACAUUGUCGGCUGGAUUUGAUAGAAGGUAGCAUGACAGUGUCGACUACGAGGAAAACAUACGACCCAUACAUUAUUAUUAAAGCUAGAGAUAUGAUCAAAUUAAUGGCUCGCAGUGUACCUUUUGAGCAGGCCCAAAGAGUGCUGGAAGAUGAAAUGGCAUGUGAUAUUAUCAAGAUAGGUUCCUUGGUGCGAAAUAAAGAAAGAUUUGUUAAAAGACGGCAAAGGCUGAUUGGACCUGAUGGUGCAACAUUAAAGGCCCUAGAGCUUUUAACACAGUGUUACAUUAUGGUGCAAGGCAACACAGUUUCGGCCUUAGGGCCAUACAAAGGACUUAAACAGGCAAGAAAAGUGAUCGAAGAUACCAUGAAAAAUAUCCACCCAAUAUACAAUAUUAAGACCCUAAUGAUCAAAAGAGAGCUAUCCAAAGAUCCUAAUUUGAAGAAUGAAUCAUGGGAUCGAUUUUUGCCGAAAUUCAAAUCCAAGUCAGUCAAGAAAAAGAAAAAACCAACCAAGAAAAAAUCCUACACACCCUUCCCCCCACAGCAGACAGAGAGCAAGAUUGAUAAACAGCUGGCUAGUGGAGAAUAUUUCCUUAAGGAAAAAGAAAGAAGGUUAAAAGCACAAGAGGAACGAAAGUCAAAGCAGGCUGAAGCAGAUGUUAAGAGGAAAGCAGCUCGUGAAAAAGCUUUUGUUCCACCAGUCGAAGAAACGAAAACAACAUCAAAACCUAAUAAAAAUGAGAGUGAAAAAAUUGAUAUUGAAGCAUUCAAAAAGAAAGUCAAAAGUGCACAGAAACGGAAAUCUACCACUUCAACUGCAACAGAGAAAGAAACCAAGAAACGAAAAGAAAAAAGAUGACAAGAAACGAAAGAAGAAAAUAACAGGCCAGAUUAGAGCAGUAAUAUAGUGUUAACAAUAACUAGAAGCAUUAAUAGAACUUACUCUUUCUAUUAAUGCUGAAAGGGAAAUCUAGGUAGUGCAUGAGUUAAUAUGUACCACCUAAAUAUCUAGAUAGUUCAACUUUUUUUCUACAAUAUAUAUGUGGAAAAAACGUAUGAAGUUUUGUAAUGCAGACAUGUUUGCAUGGUCAUGUCGCUAAGUCCAAACCAGAAAAACCUCUGGUUGAAGUUGAAAUAAAAUUGUUUUUAAUGACUUUAAAAACAAAGUGUUUUUUUUAAAUGAAAGGACGGCAAAAAAAUU